AUGGGUUCUUGCCAGAGUCAAGAGGCUCAAGAUCAAUUAGCAAGAAAUAAGCAAAUAGAGAAACAGUUAAAUCAGGAUAAGCGAGCAGGAUCAUCUAUUGUUAAGCUCCUUCUAUUAGGUGCCGGUGAAUGUGGUAAAUCGACAGUACUGAAGCAGAUGCAGAUACUGCACAGUAAUGGAUUUACUGAAGAUGAAAUUAAUGAACGAAAGGCUGUAAUUUAUAAUAAUACGACUACAUCGAUAUGUGCUAUUUUACGAGCAAUGGAUAAUAUUCUACAUAUAACUCUUGAAGAUCCAGAAAAAGAGACUGAUAAGGCAUUAAUUUAUCGCGUAAUUGAGGCUGGUGAUGAAUCAUUACCAUUCACCGAUGAACUUGCAAAAGCCAUUGUAUCUUUGUGGAAUGAUAAAGGAGUCAAAAAAGCUUAUGAUAUGCGCAGCGAAUAUCAGCUAAACGAUUCAGCCAAAUACUUCCUCGAUUCAGUAAUGCGAAUACAUGAGCCUGGUUAUCGGCCCACGGAGCAAGAUAUUUUGUAUAGUCGAGUCGCAACUACUGGCGUUGUUGAGGUUAAAUUCAAAAUAAAGGAGCUUGAUUUUAGAGUAUUUGAUGUUGGCGGUCAACGCUCUGAGCGCCGGAAAUGGAUCCAUUGUUUCGAUAAUGUCGAAUCUAUAAUAUUCAUAACUGCUGUCAGUGAAUAUGAUCAAGUUUUAUUCGAAGAUGAAACAACAAAUCGCAUGAUUGAGUCCAUGCAAUUAUUUUCAUCAAUUUGUAAUAGUACUUGGUUUCUGGCGACAGCUAUGAUUUUAUUUCUUAAUAAAAAGGAUCUGUUUAGUGAAAAAAUUCAGCGUGUCAAUAUAACGACCGCUUUUCCAGAUUACGAAGGAGGGCAAAAUUAUGAUGAGGCAAUCAGUUAUAUUAAGCUAAAAUUCAGUGAACUUAAUCAAAAUCCGGAUAAAAAAACAAUAUAUAUGCAUGAAACAUGUGCAACAGAUACAAACCAAGUGCAAUUGGUUAUCACAAGUGUUAUCGAUACCAUAAUACAGAAGAAUUUACAAAAAGCUGGAAUGAUGUAA